AACCCAACCCAACCCAACCCAACAACGACAUCACCUGCUUCCCUACGUACCUGCUGCUGCUGCUGCUGCUUGCGCUUGCUUUCUGCUGAGACUCAUAUGAUAUGAUGUGAUGAUGACUCAUCAUCAAAUAUUGAGAAUCUCGAGUCUCUCUAUUUAUUAUUAACUAACAACUUCUCUUCUCUUCUCUUCUCUUCUCUUUCAUAGAGACAUAGGGACUAGAGAGAGAGAGAGAGAGAGAGAGAGAGAAAAGGAAAAGAAAUAGCUUCUCUGCUCUGCUCUCCCUGCCCCCUUUGAGAUCAACUAAUAAUAAUGAAAAAUCAAUUGCUGGUGCGUUUUCUCACGGCAAAUGUGGUACUAAUGUUAUUCUGUGUUGUUGCUUCUUCUUCUGCAAAAGUUAAAGAGGCUAGUACUAGUACGAGUACUAGUAGUAGUGUUGUUGUGUCGGCGGUGGGAGACCCAGGAAUGAGAAGAGAUGGACUGCGGGUAGCCUUUGAAGCUUGGAAUUUUUGCAAUGAAGUUGGCAAAGAAACCUCCCGCAUGGGUAGCCCACGAGCUGCCGAUUGUUUUGAUCUAUCAACCUCAAAUCCUCACUCUGUGAAUCACAAAGUAACAGAGGCCGACAACAAACUUGGUGUGGGGAAGCCAUUCCCUGGUUUGAGCCCAAAAGCUUUAAACGAUCCAGACCUUUAUGCAGCGGAUAAACAAGUGUAUCUGGGUUCUUUAUGUGAAGUUAAGGAAACCCCAAAUUCAAAAAAACCAUGGCAAUUUUGGAUGAUUAUGUUGAAAAAUGGCAACUACGACACUAAGUCUGCUUUGUGUCCACAGAAUGGGAAAAAGGUACCCCCUUUUGCUCCUGGGAAAUUCCCUUGUUUUGGAGAUGGUUGUAUGAAUCAACCCCUAUUGUAUCAUCAACCUACGAGUUUAUCAUCAUCAACUGGUAAUAGUAAUACUAAUGAUACGAUGAUGAGAGGGGGUUUUAAUGGUACCUAUGAUUUGGGUUCUGGAUCUCGUGGUAUCAACAAUAGUAGUGGGAUCUCUUAUUUUGAGGUAAUGUGGGAGAAGAAAGUUGGGGUUGGGAGUUGGGUUUUUAGUCAUAAACUCAAGACCUCAAAAUUGUACCCAUGGCUGAUGCUGUACCUUAGAGCUGAUGCAACCAAAGGUUUCUCUGGAGGCUACCACUACGACACCAGAGGAAUGCUCAAAACUCAACUUUUGUGUGUUUAUCAGCUUCCAGAGUCGCCUAAUUUCAAAGUGAGAUUGAGUUUGGAUGUGAAGCAAGGGGGUGGAGCUAAGAGCCAGUUCUACCUAAUAGAUAUGGGGAGCUGCUGGAAGAACAAUGGUGCAGCCUGUGAUGGAGAUGUGGUGACCGAUGUAACCAGGUACAGCGAGAUGAUCAUUAACCCUCAAACUCCAGCUUGGUGCAGCAGUACGAGUUUGGGGAACUGUCCCCCAUUCCACAUCACUCCAAACAACACAAAAAUUUACAGGAAUAACACUGCAAAUUUCCCUUACACAGCUUACCACUACUACUGUGCUCCUGGGAAUGCCCAGUACUUGGAAAAACCUUACAGCACUUGUGAUCCUUACAGCAAUCCUCAGGCACAGGAGCUGGUUCAGUUGCUUCCUCAUCCAAUUUGGGCUGAGUAUGGCUAUCCUACUAAACAAGGAGACGGUUGGAUUGGGGAUGCUAGGACUUGGGAGCUCGAUGUUGGUGGUCUUUCCAGUAGACUCUACUUCUAUCAGGAUCCAGGAACCACUCCUGCAAAAAGAAUAUGGACAUCUCUUGAUGUGGGAACUGAAAUAUUUGUUAGCGACAAAGACGAAGUGGCAGAAUGGACUCUGAGUGAUUUCGAUGUUAUUCUGACUUCUCCAACCACAUAAUUAUCCAAGCAUACAAUUUCAUUUUGUAAUGCGGCUUGUGUAUUAGGUUAGUUAUGUGUAUAUAUAUAUAUAUAUGCUUCAGUUGGAAGAGUUUCUGCUAGAAGCCAAACAAACCCAAAAGGGCAGGGCUUCAUUGCUGUUGAGGCAGGCACUCACCAAUAGUCUUCCUGUUACAUCAUUUGAAAGCAAACAAUAAAGAUUUCAACGAUAAGCUGUAAAAAGCAUGUUGCAGCAGCAAAUAGAAUACAGACCGACCUGGUUUUGCAUUUUUUA